GAUUUUUUGUUUUUAGAUGCAUCAUCCUAUACAGAUGAAACCUGCUGACAGUGAAAAGAACAAUGCUGUGGAAGACAGGAAACUGUUUAUUGGUAUGAUUUCCAAGAAGUGCACUGAAAACGACAUUCGAGUCAUGUUCUCUUCAUUUGGACAGAUAGAAGAGUGCCGGAUAUUGCGGGGACCUGAUGGCUUGAGCCGAGGUUGUGCAUUUGUGACUUUUACAACAAGAGCCAUGGCACAGACAGCUAUCAAGGCCAUGCACCAAGCACAAACCAUGGAGGGCUGCUCAUCACCUAUGGUGGUAAAAUUUGCUGAUACCCAGAAGGACAAAGAACAGAAGAGAAUGGCCCAGCAGCUACAGCAGCAGAUGCAGCAAAUCAGUGCAGCAUCUGUGUGGGGAAACCUUGCUGGUCUGAAUACUCUUGGACCCCAGUAUUUAGCACUUUAUUUGCAGCUCCUUCAGCAGACCGCCUCCUCUGGGAACCUCAACACCCUGAGCAGCCUCCACCCAAUGGGAGGGUUAAAUGCAAUGCAGUUACAGAAUUUGGCUGCUCUAGCUGCAGCAGCUAGUGCAGCUCAGAACACACCAAGUGGUACCAAUGCUCUCACUACAUCCAGCAGUCCCCUCAGCGUACUUACCAGUUCAGCAGGGUCCUCACCUAGCUCCAGCAGCAGUAACUCUGUCAACCCCAUAGCCUCACUUGGAGCUCUGCAAACAUUAGCUGGAGCAACAGCAGGCCUCAACGUUGGCUCUUUGGCAGGGAUGGCUGCUUUAAAUGGUGGCCUGGGCAACAGUGGCCUUUCCAAUGGCACUGGGAGCACCAUGGAAGCCCUCACCCAGGCAUACUCUGGUAUCCAGCAAUAUGCUGCCGCAGCACUCCCUACUCUCUACAACCAGAAUUUAUUGACACAGCAGAGUAUUGGUGCUGCUGGAAGCCAGAAGGAAGGUCCAGAAGGAGCCAACCUGUUCAUCUAUCACCUGCCCCAGGAGUUUGGAGACCAGGACCUGCUGCAGAUGUUUAUGCCCUUUGGGAAUGUCGUGUCUGCCAAGGUUUUUAUAGAUAAGCAGACAAGUCUGAGCAAGUGUUUUGGUUUUGUAAGUUACGACAAUCCUGUCUCAGCUCAAGCUGCCAUCCAGUCCAUGAAUGGCUUUCAGAUUGGAAUGAAGAGGCUUAAAGUGCAGCUCAAACGUUCGAAGAAUGACAGCAAGCCCUACUGAGCGUGCUCCCUCCUGAGACUGGAGUGAGAGGGUCUUCUGGCACAGCUUGCCCUGAAGACUCAGCUACUGCCUUCUGUGGGAGUUUCGCUUCGUACAGAGGACAAGUUUGUGAUUUGGUUUCCAGUGUUUUUACUUUGGAGUUUAGGUGCCAUAUCCUGAGGGGGUUUUUUGUUGUUUUUGUUAUUGUUUUUCUUUUUCUCUUUAUUUAAAGUUUGUUGCGUUUGUAACCAGUGUGUUGAGAAGGACCAACACCAAACACCCUGGGGAAGGGGGAAAAUGGUUGAAAAAGAUAAUCAGAAUUUUCCCCAAACCACCACGUAAGAGGACUGAGUAGAAUAAAAGGUUGAUCCCCAGAAUCAACUUCCAUGAGUGCACUGAUAGGCAGAAUGAGAGCUAAGCCCUGGAGAGCAGUGGGGAUGGAGCAGCUGAGGUGGCUUCAUGCCCAGAGCCCUGGCAGCUAGAUAUAGACAUUGCUCCAUAACUAGCUGCUUUCUGUGGAGAUACUGAGCUACCACCUAUUUUUUUUUUCAGAUUUUCAUCCUGGAUUUCUGCCCUUCUUUCUUAAAGGGGGGGCCAGCAAUUCUCAGAAAAUAAAGCACCUCUUAAGUUACCCUGAAAUAUGCGAAUAACUAGGAGAUAGCCAGUACUAGCUAUCCCAACUCACCAGUGCUAUUGCAUUGCCCUGCCUGGCUGGUGGCUGUUUGGGGGACGCAGCCAAAGAGGUCAUUCAUUUUUAUUGUAUUUUAACAUGAAAUUAGACCAUGUCCCAUUUCCAACAGCCCCUUUUGGAGAAAGUUUAUUGCAGACAUUUCCUGGUUGCUUCCUUGUAGUUACCACAACAAGGAAUACUGACUACUUCCCAAGCCACAAUUUUCUCAUCAGGGCAGAUCUAAGAAGCUCUUGCAGCAUCUAUCCAACAGGAACACUAUUCAUGGGUAGAGUGAUCAAAAUCUAGUUGGGUGAGGAGGAUCCUGCUUCUUGGCAUACCUGAAUCAAGAGCCCUACAAAGCCAAGAUGCCACAUUUGCCAGUGGACAGAGCCUAAUACUCAAGAAGGUGCAGAAAUUCACACCUGCCUCCUUGAUUGACCUGUCCCAUUGGUUGUAUUACCAUAGCUGUAUGGCAGACCCCUCUUCUAACCACUCCAGCCCCUUCUUCUGCCCCUGGGGACAGAAGAGAGUACAGGACUUUUACAGCCCCCAUAUGGUUUGAGUGUUCAUUUACCUCAGUAUUGCUGCGUUCAUUUUGUCACUGUGCUUAUAGUUUGCUCCCUGCUGCCUCCCACAGGUCUCACUGCAGCCCUUGCCUGUGUCCUACACAGCCCCUGGGCUCUGCUUCUGCUCAAAAAAGCACUCUUGGGCAUGUGUACCAGAACAGAGGUAGCACCAUUAGCAUACAACUAUCAGUCACAGCCAGGGCCUGGGUUCCUUGGUCCCUGGAGGCUUAAACCUUAAAUUAUAAGUCCUGGCCCCUAAAAGCAGAGAUCAGAAUAAAGGAGUUGCCUUGCUUUUUUUAAAGUCAGGUGGGGGCUCUUUCAUUGCCAUGUCCCUGUCGGUAAUAGACAGGGGUUGACUGUCUUGCUGUUACACAGGUAGUUGUUGGUGUUGGAUUAUCCCAUUGAAGCUGGGACAGCUGUUCUCUUCUCAUAGUGAUAACUUGGGCCUGUUGUCCUCUUAAGGAACGUGAAACAUACUUCUUAAGCUGAACUACGUAAACUUGAAUUCUGCACACUGGGAGAAAUGUGUCCUGUAUUUCAAGAUAAAACUGUUCUAAAGGUUUCCAGGGUCAUGAUGGGAUUUUUUUAAAUAAAUGCAAAAAAUAAAAAGAAAAAGAAAAAAGAAAAAAAAAAAAGAAAAAAAAAGCUAGGUUGGGCAGGCGAUGUUCUGAAUCCCAACCAGCUGGAACCAAGAAUGUCGUUUCUAUUUUUAUAGAAGUUUUAUACAGCUCCGGGGUGGAGAAUAUUUAUUACCUAAAUUAUAUCUCUGGAAAAGGCCAGGAUUUUGUAGAAUCCAGAAUGUGAUUGUUGUACACACAGGGUGCUGUGUAUGAUUGAAACUACUGAUUUUUCUUUGACCGUUUGCAGCCCAGCUAACCUGCCCGAGGGGAAGGCUAACAUUAAUGCUGUGAAUUGGCGGAGGCGAGAGCUGUGCUCCAUUGGGUGCUGCCAGUGCUGUGUCUCCUAACCUUCUGUUCUGUCUUCCUCCUUGGCCAGAACGCUAUGCCCUUCCUCUUCCUCCCCUUUACUUCCACCUCUCCCAUUUCCACAGAUUGGUCCUGGACUCUAGGACCUCGUGAAACCAUAUUAUUCAUGGCUUAGAGGCAAAAGUGGUUCUACCAGCUUUGGUACACACUCCGAAGUUCUGUACCUGCUUGUGGUUUCUAAAAGGAGCACUAGCCCCAGCAGGGACAUGGUCUGCUCAAGCAGUUAACCUGCUGGUGAGACCCCCGCACUUCUGUUCUCCCCGUUUGCCCAGUGCAUUAGCACAGCAGUAGCACUGCCCUUGAGCACAGUUCUCUCCCCAGGCCAAAGAUGGUUUUGUGAAGUAGCUCCCCUGCAAGUCUCAUGAUGUGAAAGGGCUCAGCUCAGAGUGGAGACUGAAGUCAAGUCUUAAGCAGUCCUUUUCUGUUGUAUGGAGGUUUCACUUACGAUGUGUUUUCUGCUAGUUUUGUUUCUUACUCAGAUUAUAUCAUGCCAUUGAUUUGCCUUCAGUGCAGCCAGACCACUCUCCUGUGUUCCACAUGAGUGGCCAGGGCCUGUGUGGAAGCUUAGGGCUUGGAUUUCUGAGAAAAAGGGCCGUCCCAAGAGUAAGCAGGAAACUCUGGCCCUCUACCCUAAAGAAUCUUCCCCAUUCAAGUCAGCAUCUUCUGCUCCCUCGCCUCAGGUCUUGACUGGGGAGUGGGAGCAAUGCUGAGUCCCUGCUCCCCCAGAGACCAUCUUUUCUGAUGUGUUGGGUGCUUUGCAGGAAAUCCAAGCCUUAGUUUCCCUUCUGUCUCUGGCAGUUGGAUGUUUUCUUGGUGUCCUCCAUGUCCUUUAACUUUUCCCUGUGUCCAUUGUUAGCAUGUGCAGAAGUUCCCUGUCAUUACCCCUGCCCUGCCCCACCUCCUCAUUCCAGGGCUGUGCACAGUGAGUGUCCUGUUCUCUCUGUCUGGAUGUAUUGCUCUGUGUAACUCAGUGGGUCUCCCUCUUUCUGGUUUGUUUUUUUUUCUAGAUUCCUGCCGUUUGUUCAUCGUUGUGCCUAAAGCAUGUCGAUGUGGCGUCAAGUACAUCGUCCAAAUCCCUGUCUCUUCAGCUUCUCUGAUGCUUGAACUCUCACCUUUGACCUUGUGUUGACCUUUGAUGCUGAUGUGUAUUUUUAUUAUGUUUGUUUCUUUCUUUGUUUUCUUUUUUCUUUCUUUUUUUCCCUUUUGUGCUGCCAAAAUUGGUUUUGCUAGAACGACUGCUGAAGGGAAAAUAUUUAAACUUGCAUUUGAAUAUAAAAAAAUCUAUUUUUCUAGAACUUCAUAAGAUAACCACUUGAUUUUGUGAUUCCAAUUCUUUGUAAUUGUCUUCAGAGCAGCCCUGCUAGCACAUACCGUGUGGUGUUUGUACUUCUGUGAACACACAGCCAGUCCGUUUCUAGGCUUUGUUUCUCUGUGUGCUUAGUUUUAAAGACAACUUUGAAGUAAAUAAUGAAAUAAAAGAUGUCACUAAAACCCUUUGAGGCUCCUGAACACAUUUUGCUGAUACAGUUUUGGGGCUUGAGGAGACCGCAUAUGUUCUUAAUUUUUGUUUUUCUGAGUUCUCAACUGCAGAAAACACCUGAAUUCCCCGUCCCUUUUUGACCGAAGGCUUUGGUUUGGGCCCCUGCCAGUCUUUUUUCUUUUUCUUUUGUAGUUCUUCCCGAAGCAACCCUGCCCUGCAAAGCAACCCUGCAGGGAAGCCUGAGGGUCCUCUUGCCCCUUCCCCUCAGCUCAGCUGGCUCACCUCCAUGCUUAUUCCUACAGUCUCCGCAGCAAAAUGUGAUGCUUUGAAUUUUUUUUUGGCUUUGUAUUGUUUUUGUCUUUUUGUUUUGAAUUUUUUCUUUCCUACUAAGAUUAUGCCCAGAAAAAACAAGUUUUGCAUGUUUCCUGAUGUUUCUUCACACCUUCAUAUAUAUCACCUUCACCUCUCUGUUUUCUAUAGUUUGUGCAAAAACUGACUGAUUUAAGGGGGUUUUAAAGAAGAUGUUUUAAAUUGUUAUGGGGUUGAUUUUUUUUUUCCAAGAUUGUACUGUUUUAUUUUGAAGUGGCAACUUUCUCCUCUAUUGCUCUUAGAGUGUUUGCCUGUGCACUUAGACUGUCACCUUAUAUGGCCUCCAGGUCUCACUGGGGUAUCCAGGAGGCUGGAUGCUCUGCUUAGAGCUAGCACCAAAGGUGGCUGUGGGUGGGCAGGAGGCUUAGCACAUCAAGGCUAGCACUCAGGAGGGAGGGUGCUCCUGACUACCCAGAGGAGGCCGUCUGCGCACUACGGCAAUACAUCUGCCGGCGCUUUUCCUAGGUGACAAGCACAAUACUACAGUCUUCACACUGUUUACAGCCCUGGGCACCAACCACCCUACACUGGCUUUUCACCAUGGCUCUGCUCUUACUUAGCUAGUGGAGUCUGGGUAAGGGCAAGAAUUUCAUUUGGGUGAAGAGCCAAAUAGCUACUGUCCCUGGGUGCCAGGUCAGCCAGUUCUUUGAUUUCCGAAGGGGAACUUCCCUUCUCUUGUCGCACCAUCCAGCCUCAGGGUCUUGGGGACUUGAGGAAGAAUGUGAGUAGAGGGGAGAGGCCAGAGGAGAUGAGAAUAUGGGUGGGUCUGUAGAGAGAAGAGGUAGCAGGGAGGAGUUGGACAGAUCCCACCUAGACCUAAGCACUGGUGGGACAGAGAGCUGGAAGCAGGAUUGUCCAGGGAAGGGUGGUGAGGUGCAGCAAGGGACUUGGGGGGUGGGGGUGGGGAAGGUAGAAGCACUGUCUAGCAUCAUCCAUGCCAGGGUUGAUGGAAGAAUGGGAUUCCAGCAGAAUUUCUGCUCUGGGACCCUGCAGGUUGCCCAGUAUAUUAUGCUUGAGGCCAUCUUACUAAGAAUAAGAAGGGCAGCCAAGUGGAGGCCCAGUGUAUGUUAGGCUGCUCAGUGUCUUGGAAGGAGCGGUUGGAUGGAAAGAGGCCUGAAGCUCCAGCCCGAGAGCUGCUGUGCGCCCCACAGUCUGAUUGCACAGAGCCACCUCUGUUGGCAGGAGGUGCUGAGGCUCCCCUUCCUGUGUAUUGAGAGGCCAUGUUUGCCAAUAUAUUUUGCUUUCAAUUCCAAGAGGAGCUCUGGGAAAACCUGUGGAUAAAACCAAAUGCCAAACAUUGGACAUUGUUUCCUUUUCCUUUUCUCUGAUUGUUUUAAUUGUUCUGUAGUGGUUUUAAUGGAUUUGAGACCCUGGAGUGGCAGCUGCCUUUCUGAUUUCCAGCUGCUUUUUGUGAAUAAUUUAAAAAGAAAAAAAAAAGAAACUUUACAUUUUGGAGACAAACCUGUGUGAGUUUUUUAUUGGUACAAACGUUGUAUUUAACACUAGGGGUUUUGUACAGUUUUUUGCCUUUUCUACUAGAAAACAAUGUAAAGUGAUUUCACAAUGUGAAGAGAAAAAAAAAUUGCCACUAUGACCAAACGCACAGUCUGUUCUGCAGCAACAACGGGAUUCAAUCAACUCAAAGUCUUGAUUCAGCCGUAGAAAUGCUUUUCCUUGACCUUGUUUGAGCUUUCCUUUUUUCCUGUUUGAUUUGCAAAAGAAAAUGUCUUUUUUGUGUGAACUUGUGUUGUACUCUGUAGAAAAUUAUGGAUUUUGCUUUAAUGGUUUUUUAAAAAAAGGCAAGAAGAGCCCUUAGCGCUUUUCUUACCUAAUCACAGUUUGUGUAGUGGAUUAAAAAAAAAAAAAGUUGUUAAAAGUUUGGAGCAAAGGAGUAUGUGUUUAAAAGGACUCUCCUUUUUUUGUGUGUUUUUCCUUUUGUCCCAAUGAGGAACCUAAAUCUGUUUUAAUUGCACAGACACACGGACAAAAGUCAUUUUGUAUCUGCCAAGUGUGGUACCUUCCUUUGUUUAUUUGCUAUUAAACUGUUUGAGAAGAA